CUUCGUCCCCGGAAGCUCAGGAAGCUUGCCUUGUCCGGCUUAUACAUUUUCUGUGAACUUGAGUAUAGUCUGACCAAACAAACCGAAAACUAUUGUGUCGGUCGGUCUGGCCCAUCUUACUUGAGUACUUAUUUGUGUAUUUAGAAAUAAACUUAAACGUGAAUCUGACAAUGAUCAAGAACGGCCAUCACGGCGCUACUGUUAGCGAGGAGACAGUCGCAAAUCCAGCAGUCACUGGUACUGAAAAAAGAAAACGUAUUGUCCAGUUGUGGUGCGAUGGUUGUUACGACAUGGUUCACUACGGCCAUUCCAAUCAACUGAGACAAGCUAAAGCCAUGGGAGAUUACCUUAUAGUGGGGGUGCACACUGAUCGAGAGAUUGCAAAGCACAAAGGGCCUCCAGUUUUCACACAAGCUGAACGGUAUAAGAUGGUGCGUGCGAUCAAAUGGGUAGAUGAAAUUGUAGAGGGGGCACCCUAUGUUACCACCUUGGAGACCCUGGACAAGUACAACUGUGACUUCUGUGUACAUGGAGAUGAUAUCACACUGACUGUGGACGGGAAGGACACAUAUGAUGAAGUAAAGAAGAUGGGUAGAUACAAAGAAUGUAAACGAACCCAGGGUGUGUCUACAACAGACCUGGUGGGACGUAUGCUUUUGAUGACCAAAGCACAUCACAGUAACAUGGAUAAUUCAGAUUAUCAACAGCACACUGACAACUUCGGAAAGGGUCCUAAAGGCCACAGUCCAUGGACAGGCGUGUCACAGUUUCUGCAGACAUCCCAGAAAAUCAUUCAGUUUGCUUCUGGGAAAGAGCCACAACUGGGAGACACAAUCAUAUAUGUGGCUGGAGCAUUUGAUCUCUUCCACAUUGGUCAUGUUGACUUCUUGGAAACUGUAUACAAGCAGGCAGAGAGACCAUAUGUCAUUGUGGGGUUACACUUUGAUCAGGAAGUGAAUCGCUAUAAAGGAAAGAAUUAUCCUAUCAUGAAUAUUCAUGAAAGGACUUUGAGCGUGCUGGCUUGCAGGUAUGUGUCUGAGGUUGUGAUUGGAGCACCGUAUGCUGUGGGAAAAGACUUGCUGGAUCAUUUCAAGGUGGACCUUGUGUGUCAUGGGAAGACUGAGGUGUUUCCAGAUAAAGACUCCUCUGAUCCUUAUGCUGAGCCAAAAAAAAGGGGAAUAUUCCGGACAGUGGAUAGUGGCAAUGGCUUAACUACAGAUGAUAUUGUUCAGAGAAUAAUUGAAAACAGGCUCCAGUUUGAGGCUCGAAACCAGAAGAAGGAAGCCAAAGAAAUGGCAGUGAUUGAGGCCAUGCGCCGCAAAGAAGAGGAAGAACAAACACAGAACGCAGUCCAGGCUGAUGUACUUUAGUUGAAUGUUUAUGCUUUAACAAGACCAAGCCAGACCAGCACGAGGGAAACCAAGCCACAGACUCCACUAUCAGUUGCUCAAUAUCUCAGCCUUUGGCAAACAUCUAUACUCCGUUGUAGUUCAGACAUAUGUGAGUGAGUGAGUCUUAGACCACCAUUUAAUUUAGUGUUUUAGUAUGACCACAUAUAUUUAUUCUCACUGUCCUUAUUACAAUACAGCCAUAAGAUACAGCAAAUAUGUAUACAGUAUUAACAAGCACAAAAAUAUGACCUUUGUAUUGGACAACCAAUACAUUUGUUGUGCAUUUGUGCAUUAUUGACCAAUCUAGCAAGGUAGAGACUGUUGAGGGAGCCAGCUGAUUCUGGCCAUGAUACAUUGGUGUCAGAACUGGGAAGAAGACGAAUACCUCAUCAAUUAGCUACAGCUGGACAAGCUCAUUGCUCAGGUACAUUAUGAAAGGCACAGCCAUAUGUUAUAUUAAAAGCGUCUUCACCUACAUUUUUUGUGGGUGUUUUUAAGUACUGUUUACAUAUUUCCUGUAUUUGGUUGUAUUCUAAUGAAGACAAUGGCAUAAAUGUCGUCUUUGUGACGUUGAUAAAGCAAAACAUAUACAACAUAAACAUAUAAGGUGGCCUAACACUUGCAUAAUACUACACGCCUCUUUAACUGUCCACGUUUUCAGGUAAUUUUGUUUGAAUAAAUGUAUAGAUUUGAAAUUUUUACAUUUUAUGACAAAGUUGAAGUUUUACUGUUAUGUUUUCAUGUAGAGUAGAUGAAUGUUUCUUAUUAUGCCUGAAACACUGACUCUAACCCAAAAAAUAUGAAAUCACAAAUUGUUGGGCGUUUGAUACUCUUGUCUUGCAAAGGUUGUACUGCUUCUUUUAUUAUGAUCUAUGCGUAAUAAUAAAGAAAUUGUAUGAAAUGUCUGAUAAAAAUGCAACAGGUACAUAGUAAGGGAAUGGAAUAAAAUCAUAAUGUUACUGGCAA